GCGGAAUCUUUAACCGGAAGUUGUUUUCUCCUUUUUUGUGUGAAGACAUUUGUUAAUAGUGACUACGACUUUACAAAAAUGCAUGACAGUUAGCUUUAGGCAAUCUGUUGGCUACAUGGAUUUACUUAUUAGAUUUACCCGAGGGUCCGAGGAUGAAGGCCGCUGGCUGGAGAGCAAAGUAACAAAAAUUUCCAGCGAAACGCAAGAAGCUGAACGUCUAAAUGGCGAAGAAGUGAAACGCUUCUAUGAGAACCUGUUGGAGUAUCGAGAGUCUGGACAUGUAGACCGUGGCGGAGGCGAAACUCCAAAGGUGGCCGUGAGGCCAUCAAAGACUGCGAACUGUGUGCAGCAUGUAAGCGAGCAAGGGAGAGAGCGUCUGGGUCACCAAAUGCUGGGGUUUGCUCAGAAUGGGGACCUAAGGCGCCUGCAGAAUGUACUAGAGAAGUGCGGAGUCGACAUCAAUUUCAAGGACGAUUUUUUCUGGACUUCUGUAAUGUGUUCCGCGUAUGCAGGCCACUACCAUGUCGUGCAGUACCUCUUGCAAGCAGGGGCUGCCUGGGUGGGUGUCGUGGACACAAAAGGCCGCGAUGCUGUGGCCCUGGCAGAGGAAGCUGGACAUGGCGAGAUAGUGCGGUUGCUGCAAAGCUUCAGGUCCGUUUCGCACGAGGAGGAAGUUCCGCCGGCUGAGAGCAGCAGCUCUGAAGGCCCGGUCAGGCGUUUCUGUGCUGCAUGUAAGGUGGAAUACAAGCAGGAUAGUGUGGAGCAGCAUGAGAGGUCGACUGUGCACUUGCUGAGCCUUCAUCUAACCCCACCACCUACCUACUACGGUGUGCCGGAGAGCAAUGUGGGCUUUCAGAUGAUGCUACGCAAUGGCUGGGAUUCAGACACGGGCUUGGGACCUGCUGGAAAGGGACGUCGGUUCCCAGUCAAGACGCUACUGAAAAGGGACCACAAAGGUCUUGGCUACAUGACCAGUUUGAAAGCCAAAGUGACCCAUUUUCAGCCCCAUGACAUUCAAGCUGUCGAACGGCCUUUGAGCAGGGAGGUCACACGGACAGAAAGAGUAGCCACUGUGAACAGGCGAGAAUCAAAGAGGAGACAGCAGAAAGACAAGGCUUGGGAAAGAGACCUUCGUACCUGCAUGGACUGGUGAAUGACUACUGGACAUGGCUGUUACAUCUUCAGUUUUAUGGAGCUUCAAGCUCUGGGUAAUUAAUUUUGCUUUAGAGGACACCCAUAUUCCCUCGAGAUCCAAAAGAAUCAUACAGAGUGCCUUUCUGAUAUGACCACUUUUAUUAUGACCAUAUUUGUGUCCUCUCUGGACCAUCAUUUAUGGUAAGUCUGAUUGGGCUGGACUAUUGAGUGAGGUUAGCAUUUACAGCAGUGAUAACCAGGCUGGCACUGGUAACCUCGAUUUAGUGUCUAGUUUCUGUUUACAGUGGGCGAGGAGGCAGAUAUGGACAGAUAUCUGUACCAAGCAAUUUGAAAUGUAGCACAAUAUAGAAUGUAACAAAAGAAUUGUCUACUGCUCAUGAUUACUUUAAAUUAUUUUAAUUUUUUUCUUGCAAAAGGUUUGUGGAGCACAAUAUAACUAAAUUCCAAUAACCUUACUCUGUUAUUUAUAGUCAUAUAAAAAGUAAGUACACCCCAUGACAUUUAUUUAAGACAUACAGUAUGUUCACUGUAAAGAUGCACAAAGAAGGCAGAAAAAGAUUUGAAAACUGCCCCCUAAUAUUGUGCAGUGUACAAAGCAAAACAACUGAAAGUUUCAACAAACUGCUCCAGAGCAACGUGUGGUUCCGUGUCCAAAACAGGGACAACUAAACACAAAAGGAGUUGGGCUUUUAUAAUAGCCAGGGAGGAAGAGGUGGGGUCCAAUUAUUAAGGCCGGAAGUGACCUUGGUAGGAGAUGUGGUUAGGCAAGGGAAGCAGGAAGUGUUCUAUUUUGGUUUCCCUUCAAGGGAUCUGUAGGAGAAGGAGAAGAAAGGUUAGUGCACUUCGAAAAAACCUGCUCUUGUUUUCCACCCCCGGUUAAGCCCUUAGCCUGCCUCCCAAUCGCACGUGUGUUACAGGACAUAUCAAGAUUUGAAAAAAGACUAUUUUUAGAUAAAGGGGAAAAAAGCUGUGAAAAUUUGGCUUUGCAGUAAUUUACUCAACAGAAAAUGAAAAUAUGCCAUUUCUGUCUGUGGAGAAAAUAAGCACACUGUUGGCUGUGAUGGCUUGUAUUGCCUCCUUCGGCAGAAACAACAUUCUUACUAGAAGUGUCUACCAAUCCCUGACAUUGUCUAGGAAAAAGUUUUCCCACUGCCCAAUGCAGAAUUCUUGCAGCUGUACAAUGCUUGAGGGGUCUCUUCCAUACUUAAACUGUUUCAAAUCCAUCCAUCCAUCCAUCCAUUUUCCAACCCGCUGAAUCCGAACACAGGGUCACGGGGGUCUGCUGGAGCCAAUCCCAGCCAACACAGGGCACAAGGCAGGAAACAAUCCCGGGCAGGGUGCCAACCCACCGCAGGACACACACAAACACACCCACACACCAAGCACACACUAGGGCCAAUUUAGAAUCGCCAAUCCACCUAACCAGCAUGUCUUUGGACUGUGGGAGGAAACCGGAGCGCCCGGAGGAAACCCACGCAGACACGGGGAGAACAUGCAAACUCCACGCAGGGAGGACCCGGGAAGCGAACCCGGGUCCCCAGGUCUCCCAACUGCGAGGCAGCAGCGCUACCCACUGCGCCACCGUGCCGCCCCAAAAUCCUCCUACAGUAUUUCAAAGGGAUUCAGAUCCUGACUUUGACUUGACCAUUCCAGAACCUUCCACUUCUUUUCUUUUAGCCAUUCCGUAGUGGAUUUACUGGUAGGUUUUACGGUCAUUGUCAUAGUGUAAGGUUCACGUUUGGUUGAGCUUCAGUCUUCUGACAGAUGUGCUUAAGGAUAAUAUGAGAACUUUCUGUUACAAUGAAGAAUUCAUAGUGGAUUCUGUGUUGGUGAGUUUCCCACUGCUACCCAUAAAAUUUCCUCCACCAUUGGUAUCCGGUUCUUCAAGUCAAUACUGUCUUUGGUUUUCACCAGACAUGUCUUCUGCUUCUGAGGCCAAGUAACCAUCUUUGACUCCUCUGUCCAGAGCACAUUGUUACAGAAGUCCCAGUCUUUGCCUGGGUGUUCAGUGGCAACUUUUAGUCUUGCCCUGAUAUUCUGCCUGGACAGCAAAUGUUUGUCCUGGCACACCUCCAAUGUAGAUCUAAUCUGUGCAGCCUCUUCUCUAAUGAUAGACUUGUGCAUUGUGACAUCAGCACUGGCAAUAGCUACCUGUAGGUUCGUCUGGUGAUGAAUUUUUGGGCUUCUUAGAGACUUCUUUCAGCAUCUUGCAUUACGCUUCGAAAUUGCUAGGGUGGCCUGACAUGGACAUGUCUUCAAAUCUUGAAAUCUUCCACACUUCUUGAUUAUUUACCGGACAGUGCAAUGGCUGAUUUCCAAUUGUUUGCAGUUUUUUUUUAAAUCCCUUCACAGACUCCUAGGCAUCUAUAACCUCAAUUCUGAAGGUCUCAGAGAGCUCUUCUGAUCUAGGCAUAGUGAUAACCUACACUUCAACAACAAAGAGCAAACCAAACUAAAUGUCUGAGGUUUAUAUAAGACAAGUUCCUCCACGAUUCUCUUUAAAGAUGUUCUAAUCACUGGUGCCUGAUCUAAUUUUAGGUAUUUGAAGUAAUGAUAAAUGUAAGGGUGUACUUUCUUUUUCCACAUGUGAAAUUUGCAUUUAUGUUUAUUUAAAUUAUACAGUGGCAUACAAAAUGUAAAUAUGGCAUGAUGUUUGUUAUAUGACAUUUAUCCAAGGAUACUGUUUAAAUGAAGAUCAAAUCCUAACAUACCCUAGUA